CCCCAAAGAAGUUGCAAGAAACACAUGUAUUUGCACAAAUUCUUCUUGUACCUAAAACCCUCUACAAAACCCUUAAUUAUAAUAUCUUCAUCAAGAAUUAUUUCCUUUUUUUUAUAAUACCAAUUAAUUUCUAUGUCCAAAAUGGCUAAUGGGCAGCUAAAACCAGUUGCAACUUUGCUUUUGGUCCUCAACUUUUGCAUGUAUGUCAUUAUUUUAGGCAUUGGUGGAUGGGCUAUGAACUAUGGCAUUGAUCAUGGUUUCAUCAUAGGUCCAAGAUUUAAUCUUCCGGCACAUUUCUCUCCAAUAUACUUCCCAGUGGGAAAUGCAGCCACUGGAUUCUUUGUUGUGUUUGCUUUAAUUGCUGGUGUUGUGGGAGUGGCAUCAGCCCUUUGUGGAUUCAACCACAUUCGCCAUUGGAAUAUUGAUAGCUUACAAGCUGCUGUUUCGGCUGCCACUAUUUCAUGGAGUCUUACACUUCUUGCCAUGGGCUUUGCCUGGAAACAAAUUGAACUGCAACUUAGGAAUGCCAGAUUGAUAACAAUGGAAGCAUUCUUGAUAAUCCUAUGUUUCACUCAACUGGUGUAUAUAGCUGCAAUUCAUGGUGCUUCAACGAGGACAUAAAUGAGCUUUUGGGAUCUGAAUCAUAAAAGUGUGAAGAGUGUGAAUUACUUUGCAAAAAAAUUUCUUUUUAAUUUUGUAAUUUCUCAUUCUUGUGUGUACAAAUUUAGCCAGAUGAUGGCUAUUUGUCUUUCAACUAUUUAUACCUCCACUGAAUUUUUCUGGAGCAAAUAAGUAAUACAUAAAAGAGUUAAACUUAUAAAGUACUUUUUCCCCAAUUGGGUCAUCUUUACACGUGUAUUAUUU